CGAGUACCGUCCGGGUCGAUUGUGAGAGGCCGCCUCAGCAUCUUGUUCAAUACUACUUUGAAUGUCGUGCGGAGGUGAGCAAGGCGCGACGCCCAGGCGCUGUACUAGGGACUGGACAUCAGGAUCAACUUUUCGUCCGACUACCCAUAAUGAACGAGUGGGGUGACAUAUUGCUUUAAGGCUUCCCCUAAUCCAUCUUAAGGGGCAUCUCGAAGCUGUCUUCUAAGGCGAAAAACAGAUCCGAGAUGAAUCCCAAGAUGGAUUCUUGGGGUGAGCUCUAAUUGCUGCAGUUCUCCAAAAAGAGCCAUCCCGCAUAUGGAACAAUGCUCUCAAUUUUGGAACCGAAUAGUGGUGAUGUGCUCGAAUUCGCCGUGUCCGAGGCUGUGGCGCACUACAUCUUGAACGCAGUACAAACGCUGUCUCCGGAAAUAGAAGUUGUAGUUACAGAUCGUGGUGUCACUGACGUCAGAGGGGGAAGCAGGAAUCAUGUUGCGAAAAGUAGAGGAAUAGAGGAUAUUAAGGAUUUCCUUCAGGCGUACACAAAGACAAACCCUUCGCACAGUCAUCCAGAAAUAGCCUGUUGUCACAUUUCUCGAUACACUUUCACUGGGAUGUUAUUUGGCGAAGACGAGGAAGGCGAAGGCCUGGCUAUUGAAGAUCAGACACCUUUGACCUCAUUCGGUGCGCAAAUCAUAUCUACAACGCCUUCAAGGACGAGAAGUCCAAGACAUCUAGCCCUUACUGAUGUCUCCAGCAUCUUGUUGCCCACUGAGAGCGACAUUAUAGCUGUGCACAGCGCAAUUGAGACGGUGAUGGACAUGGAAAAACAUUUAGAGGUGGCCAGUAGAGACCUGAUCAGCAAUGUGCGCGGCGAGGGAGAAGAUUCUAGUGUUGAGGGCGAUGGAGGACAGCAUCAUAAAAGAGCUGCUCCACGCGAUUGGGCUGCACUCCACAGAACACACUUCAUCGACAUGCUUCAAGAAAACACUGAGGUUAUGCUAUCCUCAACAUCAUCACGAGCUUCAUUCUCAUCAACCUCUACUAGUACAAGACAACUAGUACCUAAAAAUCUGCAGUUGUUGCAAAUUUCUACCGCUUUUGUCGAGGCAGCUCAAGCCGGCGCGCGUCGUUUAGUGACAAGCUGGCUCAAAGGCAGUACUGAUGAACACUUUGUCUCCCUUCAUCGCACACACGCUCUUGCACAAUUCUUCUGCCUUGGUGCAGUAUCUCCAGUAGAGCAGGAGGGGUCUGGAGCCGAAGUUGCCGAGCACGUUUUCGCGGACCGAGAAUUUCUUUACAUCUUGGUCAGGACCGAUUCGGAUUCCCUGCGAAAGCGUUACGGAUUUGAGGUGCGCAAUCAAGAAGCUCUAAAUCAUGCCAUUUUUACGUCUGCGAUGUCGCUCAUUUCGCAGGCAAUAGGUCCUGGCAUAGUGGAAGAUACAUCAAGUACUAGUAAAAGCACUGUUGAGGAGAAAGAAGACGAAGCCUUCUGUAGAGCUGCUUCGACUUCCCUCGAUGUCUUUCAGAAACGAAUCAGUGCAACUGCACAAACUAUUCUGCAAACUCACAUUUGCCUGGCUCCGACAUUGUGCUGCAACACGUUUGAUAAUAGGACUGGUGAACUGGUUCAUGUGCGACCGCUGCCGAGACAGUCACCAACUGAGUUGUCCUGGCCUCGACCGGUGACCACAAAUGCAGCAGCCGGCGAUCCGCUCUCCGCCCACGUGCGGGAAGUUGAACGUUUGAUUGGAUGCAAACCUGGGUCGCUAUUACCAGCGUCAGCUGAGAGGGGGCAGAGGCCAGCUUUGAUGAGUUCUACUUCAGGACAAGAACCUUCAUCUUCGUAUCCACGUCUGGUACAAUUUCAACAACAGUCAACAUCUUCUCAGUCAUUAAUAUUGUGCCAGUUUCACGAUAUGGCGGAUCUCUUCCCUCGCGACGCUUACGCACAUGAGCCGAGUCUAAAACGCUUGCGGCCAGAGCUGUGGCGCGUACACGGGACAGACGCAAGCAGUAUGGCACGCAGUACUUGCGUCACUCGCGCCGCUAAGUAUCUAGACACGGCUGUAGUGGCAGGGAAAUCGCUGUCGUCUUAUACAUUGACGAAGGUACUCCAUGAAAUGGGUGUAAACAUGUACCAUUUGGGACAAGUGUGCGCUCUCUGUCAAGAAAAAGCGGCGAAAGUAGUUGUCUCGACCGAAAUAGUAGCCAGAGUGUGCAAGAAGCUCCGGCGGGAUCGCGUCAAAGAGGCGCUGGAAGAGCGAGCUCGUGCCGAAACGCAGACUCAGCAAGUCCUUCAACAGUCGAAGUACCCUAAUACAAGAAGCACACCAAAAAAUAUUCCUCUAAAAAAGGAGUCACGGUCUGCCGUGGCCUCACUCGACGACGCCCUUUCCGCCUUUCUGACUGCGGUAUUGUUGCCGGCUGCUAGAAACAGUCCUGAUAAUGCGAUGGAUCGGCUCUGGGCUCACGAAAUUCAACCUAUCGCGUUUGGACAUUUUGGGCUUCAACCAAAGCUAGCCAGCCCCGAGAAGAUACCUCUGCGAGCGCUUGUGGCGGCUUUGCAGUACCACUUGGGGAUUCGAUUCUAUUAUGGAAAUAGGCUUCAGAUUGAUAUGACAAAUACGGCUGCCGCUCAUACUCAUUGCGCCGCCUGAUGACUACUUUAUCAAGCAGUCCGGCCGAAGAGAAAGGGGUCACAACGCUGGCCGCCCACUAACAGCUCGCAACACUCGCGGCCCCCCUCGUGCCUUUGAGCGGGUGCAAACUCUUCACGGCUGGGCCCGCGUCCUUUGGUCACGGGGUUUCUUUCUCUCUUGCUUUCUGUCUUCCCGAUGGCGUGCGGGCGUGUCAACGUGACAGCCUUCUUGGCACCGCUUUCAGCCUCAGGCCUGUCCGGGCUUGCUUGGCGGUCGCUCUCAGGGCGUGCCCCGCUCUCGCGUAUGAACUAGCUGGAGUAAAGGAGACGGAAUCGCGGGUAUUAUAAUAGGCAAGAGCCCCCGCGCGGCGCCUUCUGCUACUGCAGCACCAAAACCGCCCUCCUGCAGCCGCGGGCGGACGGCGCCGCUGUCUACGGUAAAAGCCGUCGCAUCUGUCCCAGAGCUUCGCCCGCAAGAGCAGGGCCCAAGCUGAUCUGAUGCGCCUGGAGCGGCUCUGGGGUUCGUUUCGCUUCGCCGACUGGCUUCCCGCGUGCGUCUGUGCGUGCGGGCUUGUGGAGAUCUGACACCGCGGCCCAUUUGGUUUCGAUGAUGCUCGGGGGGAAGGCGCUUGCAAAGCGGUUGGGAGCAUACUCACGGGGGCGCCGCACUCUGCGCCAUUUUGCUCCAAGACUUGGAGCCCAAGCGAAAGCAAGGGACUGGACUCGGAAGCCCCCUGGGCGGGUGCCUCAGUGGGCGCGCUCGCUUCUGCUUUUCUCACCAGCUAGGCAGGCAAGGCGGGGGCUUUCUCUUUGUGGUGUGUGGGCGCCGGGGUUUUCGGUCGUUGCAACCGAGACACCAGGGCGGCGGCGGGCAGCGUCGCGUGGUGUCUGCUUGGGUGUGUCUUGGGUGGCUGCAUUUCUGCGCUUCGUUGUCCCUCUGUCUGGGGGCUCACGCUUCGACCCAGCAGCAGCGUACUUAUCUGAGCACCAGGGGCCCUCGCUGCCCCGUCAUCCGUGGCACCGACCCGAGCGCCCAGCAGAUUGGUGAGACUUCGGAAGGCUUCGGCAUUGGUGGGGCUUCACUUCUUAUCUAUUGGCGUUGCCGCAAAGGCCAGCGCCUUGCGCAUUCGGCGUGGGCUGUCCCCCUCGCUUGUCUGUCUCCUUGUUUUCUCGUAGGAAGCUCUGGCUUUCGUCGUCUUUUUUUGAGGAUUAGCAAGCGCGCAGCAUUGGGCUUUUUGCCUCCGCCUGCACCCGCUGGCGACCAACUUUGCAAAGGAGUUGCGCACGCGCAUGCUGUGUUGCUCGCUGUCAUUACAAAGCUUAGCGGCAACUUGCUUGAAGUAUUAGAGAAUCAAGCAUGAAACGGAAGCACGCCAAAAAAAACCCAAGUCGACCGCUCGGAUCACAGGGUGGUGGGGCUGUUCGGGGAGCACUUCCGGUAUGGCGCUAGGUUCUUGUGAUACUAUGUAUAUGAUAUGCGCCAAACGGGUAGCCGCCACUUUUAGCGAAGAAUUUACCCCGCUUGCUUGUCUGCUCUUGCGAAUGACUUCGGCAAACUCAUGCCGAUUUCUCUCUCUUCUUUGGAACUUUAACUUCUGUUUCGACGCUACAGGUACAGCGCGGCAGCCUGC